UACGACCCAAGGCGAUUAUUUAUUAUACAUAGAAUAUUUGAAUUAAAUUGAGAAAGUGGGUUAUUAAUCGACACACAUUACACAAAAGGUACAUAGUUGAUGAUCAAUACUAUAUAAACUGCAAAAAGAAAGAAAAAAGACAGAAAGCAAAAAUAGUAAAGGCAUGGAGGAAGAGAAGGCAUACAUUGCAGUGGUAGUGAUACAAUGCAGCUUCGCAGGCAUGCUUGUGUUGUCAAAGGCAGCUAUGUCUGCAGGGAUGAAGCCUUCCAUCUUCGUCGCCUACCGACAGGCAUUCGCCUUCUUCACUUUGCUCCCCUUCGCCUUCUUCUUCUUCACCAGCAAGGGGUCUCCUCCUCUUACAUGGAGUGGGUUAUGCAAGAUUUUCUUUGUUUCUUCAUUUGGAUUGGCGUUGAGUUUCAAUCUGAGUUUAGCAGGAUUGGAGUAUAUUUCGGCAACAUUCGGUACAGCUACUUUCAGCAUUGUUCCUGCUUUCGUCUUUAUCAUGGCCGUUUGUUUAAGGAUUGAAAGCUUGGACAUACGCACAUGGCAUGGAGUAACUAAGGUAUUAGGAAGCAUAGUUAGCCUGUCCGGAGCGAUGGCCUUCACCUUUUACAAAGGCCACGCGCUCUACCACACUUCAACGGCCCACCACCCCUUGGACGAUAAGCCUCACUCAAAACACCAGUGGAUUGUGGGCGCUUUCCUCGCCAUCACUGGCCAACUCGUCUACGCUAUGUGGUUGACUAUGCAAGCUCCACUCCUCAAACAAUAUCCAGGCAAAUUCAGGCUCACCAUUCUGCAGUGUGGCUUCAGCUGCCUAUCGGCAACACUCUACGUUGUCGCGGUGGAAAGGCAUCCAUCUGCGUGGAAGCUUCGAUGGGAUAUUCAUCUCUUAUCCGUCGCCUAUUCUGGCGUGAUAGUGUCAGGGAUGAGUUAUGGGUUGCAAGCUUGGGUUAUUGAGAAAAAAGGUCCUGUUUUUACCGCCAUUUUCAACCCGUUGGCGCUCGUUAUUUCGGCCUUCUUAUCAGCUUUUUUCCUCAACGAAGCUCUUCAUUGGGGGAGCGUCUCUGCGGAAUUCGCCCUUCUUGUUCACUUUGUUUCUGAUCACGUCGCCCAUCAACUAGAUAGUGAUUCUGGAAUUCGUCGCCUCUUUUUAAUUCAACAUGCGUCUAUACCGCCACAGCCAUGCCGACGUAGUUGUCGAAUUAGGUGGCGAGGACUAGUAGAUCAAUGUGAUGCGCUGAGUUUACAACGAUGUACUCCGGCUCGACGGCGGUGACUUUCUCGCAGAUUUCUCAGCAUAUCAGAUUAAGAGGGUUUUUGGCUGAGCUUAUAAGUAGGGAUGUCAAUCGGGCCAGCCCACCGGAUUUUGGGUCAACUCUAUCGGGUUUCGAGUUAAUCGGGUGCGGGCUAAUCGGGUUGAAAAUUUUAUCGGGUUAUAAAUUUUCAACCCUAACCCUAAACGUUCGGAUUUUGGGCUAGCCCAUCGGGCUAAUCAGGUUAUAGGCGUAAAAAUAAAAUAAUUAUUUGUAUUUUGUUAUUUUUUAUGAUCUAAUGUAUAAUGUAUAAAAGA